AUGGCUUCAUUAUCAUCAACGUCGAAGAGUGCCAGAAAGCAAAUGUUCAAAAAGGAAUAUUCUAAGAAGUGGUCAUGCAUUUCAUCCUCCAGACGGGACGAGUACAGCGCGAGGUGUACACUUUGUUCAUCUGACUUUUCCAUUAGCCACGGAGGUGCGAAUGACAUUCAAAUCCACGUGAAAUCGAAGAAACACCAGUCUGCCGUUAGAUCGUCAAAAAGUACUGGUAACAUCGCCGAGUUCUUGCAGCCGAAAGACUUUUCAGUCAUCAGAGCAGAGACUCUAAUGACACAAUUUUUAAUAGAGCAUAAUCUGCCUUUUGCUGCUGCUGAUCACUUGACUGACCUUGUGAAAGUGAUGUUUCCAGACAGUUCUAUAGCACCCGACAAUCUCCUUCAAAACUGCAAAAAGGCAGCUGCAGUCUACAACAGGCAGAUCAAACCUGCCCAGGUAGGAUCAAACCCUGCCCGGGUAAGAUCAAACCUGCCCACUAUCAAACCUGCCCAGGUAAGAUCAAACCUGCCCACUAUCAAACCCUGCCCAGGUAGGAUCAAACCCUGCCCGGGUAGGAUCAAACCCUGCCCAGGUAAGAUCAAACCUGCCCACUAUCAAACCUGCCCAGGUAAGAUCAAACCUGCCCACUAUCAAACCUGCCCAGGUAGGAUCAAACCCUGCCCGGGUAGGAUCAAACCCUGCCCAGGUAAGAUCAAACCUGCCCACUAUCAAACCUGCCCAGGUAAGAUCAAACCUGCCCACUAUCAAACCUGUCCGGGUAGGAUCAAACCCUGCCCAGGUAGGAUCAAACCCUGCCCAGGUAGGAUCAAACCCUGCCCGGGUAGGAUCAAACCCUGCCCAGGUAAGAUCAAACCUGCCCACUAUCAAACCUGCCCGGGUAGGAUCAAACCCUGCCCAGGUAGGAUCAAACCCUGCCCAGGUAGGAUCAAACCCUGCCCGGGUAGGAUCAAACCCUGCCCAGGUAAGAUCAAACCUGCCAACUAUCAAACCUGCCCAGGUAAGAUCAAACCUGCCCACUAUCAAACCCUGCCCAGGUAGGAUCAAACCCUGCCCGGGUAGGAUCAAACCCUGCCCAGGUAAGAUCAAACCUGCCCACUAUCAAACCUGCCCAGGUAAGAUCAAACCUGCCCACUAUCAAACCUGCCCAGGUAGGAUCAAACCCUGCCCGGGUAGGAUCAAACCCUGCCCAGGUAAGAUCAAACCUGCCCACUAUCAAACCUGCCCAGGUAGGAUCAAACCCUGCCCAGGUAGGAUCAAACCCUGCC